AGGGAGGGUUGGCCUCUAUCACGAAAGGACAACCGCUAGAAAUAGCUCACGGCUCACAAAUCACACUAAGGCAUACUCACGGCAGGGCCUGUUGGAUGCACUCCCAUCAGGCCCUCUACCCCAUCCGAUACCCGGACAAUCGGGGCAGUUCUCAUCAGCAACAGGUGACCUGUUACUCAUUCAAAGACGUCAACAACUGGUGGAUUGUUAAGAGACCCCAUGUCAACGAUUUGGUUAUAUCUGAACCAAUCGAUCGCAUUAAAGACGGAGAUUAUGUGCAACUUAUUCACGGAAUGAGUGGUCGAGCGCUGAACAGUCAUGACGUGGCGGCACCGGUAUCGCCGCAGAAUCAAGAGGUCUCCUGUUAUAUAGACUACAAUAUUUCAAUGCCGGCACAGAAUCUCUGGAGAGUGAAACUUUUAAAUAGCGGUGAGACAAAUGGAUUGUGGCAUACCAUCAGCUCAAGGGUUCAGUUCAUUCACGCCAACACAUCUCAAGCCUUAAAAGUGAGUCUC